AUAACUCAACUUCCUAUUUGAUUUGUGUCAGGUUGUCCCGAAUAAUUACCACGUUUAGCCGAAAUGGCAUCCAAAUAUGGUUCUAGACCGACUGGUACAGAUGGAAGUGACUUUUGGCACAGGGAGAGUGUUGCUUACAGACACAAAAUGAGUUCCAUAAACAAAGCCAGAUUGAGAAUGGAUUUAGUGUUGCAAGUUGUUCUGUGUGUUCUGAUGACAGUUAGAAUCCUUCCAGCUUUAGUUUCAUUAGUUGGUGUUGGACCAGUUAAACAGUUACGGAAAUGGGAUCUGCCUGCUCCAAGACCCUGGGAAUACAUGUGGAGCGUCAGCAUCAUAGCAGCAGUAUUAGGACUUAGAUCAAUACCUAAAAAUGAAGGUUUUCUGUUAAAGCAGUACAUGAUCGGAACAGUUGUAUUUGGACUUUUACCAAUCAUUUAUGGCAUUGUUGACCAAAUAGAUGAUUUAUAUGCAUAUUUAAAUGAAAAAAGAUGGAAUGCCCAGAUUUUUGGAUAUCCAGCUGUAAUUAUCUGGUUUAUGUUUUUAACAGCUGCUAUACAGCUACAUGGAUUUGGACUUUAUUUUUCACUGCAACUAUUGAAAUCAUGGAAGGUAAACAGAACAGACAAAAAGUUGCGUUAACAUUGGCACAGUUUUAGCAUAUAUAUAGUUAAAUUUAUAGAAUGUUUUACAAACUAUGUGCCAUUUAGAUAUCUCUGAAUGAUCUUUUUCACCAUGAAUGUUAAUUAUAAAAAGUUUCUCUUAAAAGUUUUAAACAUAUAUAGAUGUAUUAUCUUUAAUGUUUGUUUGUCAAAAAGUCAAAAUUUCACAGAAGUUAUAAUGUACAAAAUAAAAAUGUUUUACUGUUGUCCAUGUUGCUUAGUUAAAGACUACUUUAAAGUUUUUGUCUUUAGUAAUCUUAGAAAAAUAAUGACAUAACCCCCAAGCUGUUGUAUACAUGUCAUUGGACCGGCGCGGGAUGCUUGUGCUAUUUGAUAGGUCAUUUGCGCUUUUUCAAAUGGACAUUUGUGCUUUUUCUACAGGACAUUUGUGCUUUUUUUACAGGACAUAUGAGCUUUAUCAACUUAAAUUUCAAUUAUCAUGGUUAAAAGUAUCCAACUUAUAUCCAAAACACAGCACAUUCAUAUGUCUAUAUACAGAUUAAAGUUUUCCUUUUCUUUCUUUAGUUGUGUUACUUUUCCGCUGACCAAUAUCCCACAGGAAUCUAAAAUAUUUCGCCUUAUAAAAGCCAUGAAUCUUUCUUUAAAGUCCACAUGAACAGCAGGUGGUUAAAAACAUUAAUUUCGAUCCCCACAAAUUUAAACAAGCUUUGAUAAACUAUGAUGGAAGAGUUUCUUGAUCUUUCCAGUUGUUAUAAAGUUGCUUAAAAUUUAGUGCAAAAUUUUGAAUGCCUCAUCCAUAAAAUUUUGUUUUAUCUUUGUUUUACAUGAAUACAGUUUUUGUGAUUUUAAUAUGGUCUGUACGGGUAAACUUUCAAAAAAUGUGUGACUUCUAAGUAAAAUCUGGUUAAGAUUACAGGUAAACUUUUAUAGUUAAAAAGCGCAAAUGUCCAGUCAAUUUAGUUCAGGUGUAUCAAAGUGUAAAGCGCAAAUGUCCUUUUAGUGUUAGAUGUAAAAAAGCGCAAACAUCCCACACCCUUUUGGACCUAUUCAAGAUAUUUUUUUUCUAAGCACACAUAACUCCUAUAUACAGAUAUAUGCAUUUAUUUAAUGAGCUUCAUUAAAGUAUUCCAGUUAUGUUUUGUUUACAUAUCGAUGUACUUAGUUAUUUGUUUAUUUCCUUGAAAUUUUAUAUAUGUAGUUUUUAUCAUGGAAUUAUGGGUUAUAUAUAUAAUGUAUGUGUGGGAAAAUAAAAAAGUACAGUGACUUGAUCUUCGUUUAAAAAUUUAACUGUACUUUUUGUAUUUUGUAAAAUCAGCAGUUUGUAAUUUGUAAAAUUAGCAGUACAUAUAUGUAACUUUGAUAGUAAAGCAUGUUUAUACAUGUAUCAAUCUUCACAGUGUAUAUAGUCAAAUUUUUAUUCAGGACGAAAUAUUGGUUUUAGACAUCCUCAGUUCCAACAAUUGAAAGAAACUUGCUUUUGAUUCUUUUUUUUCCCCCUAAUUUGAGAGCUUUGUUAUAUAAUCUAAAGUUUCUGAAAUUUUAAUGAUUGCAAUACACCUUAUCACUAUUUAGUCCAUUACUGAAAAAACAGUCAUUUAGACAACUUCCUCUUUGGGUCAAAUUUUGCAAAAACAAAGGUCAUCAGCAAUGAGCUGAGCGAGGAAAAAGUUUGGAAAGUGAACAUUAUAAAAUUUUGAUAGUUUAUGAAGCAAUUUUUAAAAGACAAAUUAAAGUCAUUAAACAUGUUUUGUUUGAUGUGUUUACGAUGGUUUAAACAUGUCUGUAUGAAAAGUUUUAUGCACAAUAUAUUGUUUGAACAAGGCCUCAGAUAGCUUUGACUGGUUUGAAAAAGUUGUGUAAAGUUUAAAGUUAGGGCCGAAUACUAUGUUCUGUAACUUUUGCUAGUAUCAUAAUAACAUUAAGGUAGCUGGUGUGUCUAAAUAUUCAACGACAUAAUUUUCCUUAAACUUCUGUAAAAGACUUCUAGGUCAAUGUUCUUUCAAAUUUCAAUAUAAAACUAAAAACUGUGGUUAUUAAAAUACAUUGAAAUUAACGAAAUCGGGGCUAUUUUAUGUUGGUAAUAUAGGGGAGAAAAUUCAAUGCUAGAAUUCCUUUAUAUUAAUAAUUCUGAAAUAUCAAAUAAAAAACGGGGUCACAGGCCUUAUUUUCUUGAAAAAAACAAAACAAAUUGUCCUAUCAAAUUCAGUUUAAUUAUCUGUCCUUGAUUUUAAAAGGAUUUGUUCUAAGAAUUUUAAAUCCACUUUUCGACACUUAAUUUUUAGAUAGUUUGAUAUUUUUGUUGUAUAUUGAAUGAUGAUUGGUAAAAACAAAUUUAAAACAAAAAAGUAUUUUUGCAACAUGCCCAGAAUGGAUGCUCAGAACAAGACACCUGAUCUACUUUAAGUUCAUCUUCUAAGAUUGAUAUUACAAAUGUAUAUUAGACAUUCAAAACCUAAAAUAUCUUUAAACUUAUUGCCAUUCACAGUCAGUAUCAGUCAAUAUAAUUUUAGAACUUAUCCAGAUUGGCAUAAGUAGCAAUAAGGUGUAAUGAUAAAAAUUUAAAGCCCUUGUAGCGACUUCAUCUGUUGUCAAAUUUUCUUGAAAGGACAACAUCAAAAGAUUGAUGUAGGAUAAAGAACUUAAUUUAUGUAGUUUGGGGAUGGGGGUUAAACUCUCUUCCAAGUUUUGUUAUCUAUUUUCAUGACUUUGAUUUUCUGGUUAAAGAAAUAAGUAUCAAAGUUUUGUCCUAAAUGUGUUAGCUUUUGCUAUCAUAUCGUUCAGGAAAGUCAAUAUUUAGGGUGAGAUUAUUUGAACAAAAGUGUAAAAUGGUACAUGUACAUGUAUCUACGUCAUUUAAAUGCUAAAUAAUUGGCAAGUUUGAAAGAUAAGAGUCACAGUGAACCACAAUACAUGUACAGUUCAACACAGAUACCAUUUAUGUCUGAAUUGAUGGAACGACUAAUUUUAAGUAAUAUGAACAGAGUUUCUGGUAUGAUGGAAACUUAAAUUAGAUGACAAAAGGACAUUUAAAUGAGAUGGUAGAGUUAUGAAUAUUUAGUUUUUUUUUAUUUUCCAGGAGUUUCCAUUUGUUACUUGAUUUUGUUAUACAUUUUUUUUGUACAUGUAACAUGAUUUUGUGUAUUAAAUUUGUUCUUUCAGAAUCAGUAAAUACUAUCUUUCUUCCACAUAUGUUAACUUUUUUCGCACUGCUGAAUUUCUAAUGAGAGUUGUUACUGUUAACGUCACUACAAGUACAUGUAGAAAAACUUUCUGCAAAUUAGAGCAUAGUAGUACAUUUCUGAAGAUUUGGAUUAAAUAGAGGAUUUUAUUUUAAAAGAAAGUUUAAAAAUACUGGUACAAAUAUUUUCUAAUUUUUCAAUUCCUAGUUGUAUCAUUGUAAUUUUGGAAAAUGAUGUCUUGGGGUUAUGCUUUUAGUAAAAGUGUUCUUCACACUUGUAAUUAUUUUUCCCAGUUUAAUAAAUGUGAACAAAAUGAUAAUUUUGAUAUUAAUUGUAAGUUUUGUAAAUUUGUUAUAUAAAUUGGGAGUGCAUAGAAAAAACGUGUAUUGUUUUAAAUGUGUGAAAUUCCUAUUUAUUUCCUACGAUUUUGUAUGUUGUAAAUGUGUGAGGUGAUAUUACAAUCAAAAUUAUUUUGCUCAUUGUUUACCAUUGUGGAAGCAGUAUUACUGUCAUAAGAAUAAAACCAAUGAAAGGAAUGUUAUUUGUGCAAUAUAAAGCCACUGCCAUUCUGUGGAAGGUACUGUUGAUUUUCAAUUAAAAUUAUUCAAUAUU